CCUCCCGCCCCCAGGGUUGCUUAAGGCCCUCCUGCCCCGCGCAGCCCCGCUCCGCACCGGCAUGGACGCGGCCAGCCUGCUCCUCCUGAGCCUGGGGGGCUCCGGGCUGCUCCUGGCGCUGGCCCCGGCAGGCGCCCAAGGGAGCUGGAUCAUCGGGGGAAAGGCAGCAGCGCCCCACUCCCGGCCCUACGUCGCUUCCAUCCAGAUGGACGGACAGCACGUCUGCGGGGGCUUCCUGGUGUGGCCCAAGUGGGUGAUGACAGCAGCUCACUGCAUCAUUCCCAGGCGCAACCCGUCCGUGCACGUGGUCCUCGGCGCCCACAGGCUGGAGGAGCCCGAGCCGUCCCAGCAGGUCUUCAGCAUCGAGGAGUCCAUCGCGCACCCGCACUACAACCCCCGGUCGGUGGACAACGACAUCCGCCUGCUCAGACUGAACAGGUCGGCCACGCUGAACCAGUACGUGAAGCGGAUCCGCCUGCCCACGCCGCACAUCGACCUGAAACCCGGCACCGUCUGCAACGUGACGGGCUGGGGGGACACGUCCAACUACGGCGAGCAGCCCACCCAGCUCAUGGAGACCGAAACCACCAUCGUCAAGCGGAGCCUGUGCCGCACGCUCUGGAAAGGCCGCGUCUCGCCCAACAUGCUGUGCGCGGCCAGCCGCAACACCACGCUGCAGGGCGUCUGCGCGGGCGACUCCGGGGGACCCCUGGUCUUCAAGGCGAAGGUCUACGGCAUCGUCUCCUUCUCCGGGGAGCGGUGCGGGGACCGCAGGUACCCCGACAUCUACACCAAGAUCUCCAACUACAUCGGCUGGGUGCUCCGCACCGUGCGAGGGCGCCGGUGCCACAAGGGGCAGCGCAAGCACUAGCGGGGGGAGCCGCGGCUGCCGCCGGGCACCAGCCCCCAGGAGCCGGGACGCGGGCUGGGACGCCGGGGCCCUCCUCCAGCUCCGGGGGUUUCGACGGCCGAGGGGAAGCGACGGUCAGGGCUCACAUCCCUCUGCCCCCUCCCUGCCUCAGUUUCUGCGGGUGCAGCAAGGCGACGCAGGAGGCUGGUUUCUGCCGCUGGCGGGGGGAGAAGCCCCCCGUGCCGCACCGAAGAGCUCGGCACCCUGCUCCCCCUCUCGCAACAGCUCCGGCCACCGGCCUCAAUAAAGCCUCAUCCCUGA